CUAAAUCUAAAAUACCAAAUUAAGAAAACUCCACAUUUUGAAUUAACGAUCAUAUUAAGAUCUCCUAUUUAACCAGCUGCAUCGGUUUAUUCGGUAGCUAUGAGAAAAUCGCACGCGAUAUUCUUAUCACAUGGUGCAGGAUCUCAGAGCGCAGAUGCGAUUGAGUAAAAGUACAAUACACCGACGCGUCGGCGAACUAAGAGUCAAUAAACAGCAGGCAACGAGUAGUCGAACAUCAUGCCAUAUUCUCGCCAUAAAGCCCUUCUUUCGAACAUCGUACUUAUGUGUGGGGACAAUAAUUAUACACGUAGUUGAUUUUAUUCCUUAUCUCGCUGGCAGUGAGAAGAAUGUAAAUAAAUUUCACCGUCUUGGAGAGAGUUUGCGUCGAUGCAGUGUAAAAUACGAGUAUGUCGGUUAGUUCGCGUGGCUCGAGUGUUGUUAUAUUUUUAAGAGAGAAAAAAUGACGUGAAAUUGUAGUAAAAAUGUGCGGAAAAAAUGAUGAAAAUUAUAAAACCGAUGAGAAUGGAAAUUUUCGCGAAAUCGAUUUAGUGGUCGUCGGCGUAGAAAAUGAAAACGAGUCUACUGAAUUCCUCCAACGAUUAUCAGAUGAAGCCGGUCAUGUUCCUGUCAAUUCAGAACCACUCAAUGUACCUGUUUGGUUCGACGCAGAGAAAUUCAAAAAAGGUCAACAGUUCUUUUUCAAAAACUACUAUGCAAUGUUCGUCACAAAAUUAUGUGGUCUAAUUGUCGUCCUCAGUGUACCCACUGUUUUGAAAGUUCUUAUCCUAACAGGAAAAUCAAAUACGCCAGCUAGAGCAUUUCGACGUUAUAUAGAUACGAUUGCCAAUGUUCUAGAGUGGUAUUCCAGUGACUUGACUGAAAUUAAUUCCGACUCCAGAAAAGCUCUGAUAACAGUUCGUGGAAAACAUUGCGCUGCCAGUAAGAAAGCUACGAGUAAUGGAGUCGGUUUCAUAAGUCAACGUGAUAUGGCUCUCACUCAAUUUGGUUUCAUUGGAGUUGCCAUCAGUAAGGGUAAAACUUUGGGAUUCGUUGGUACUGACGAAGAAUUUGAAGGUUUUAUUCACGUUUGGCGAACCAUUGGAUAUUGUAUGGGUAUCGAAGAUAGGUUCAACAUUUGUAACGGAAGCGUUAACCAGGUCGUGGAAGUAUGCAACAGACUCACUAACGAAGUUUUCAAACCAUAUUUAGAAAAACCUUGCGAAAAUUUCAACGAAAUGUGCGCAGCUUUAUUAAACGGUUUGAAGCCCGUGGUACCUUCUUUAACAGUAAACUCAUUUAUGGAAGUAUGCCGACGAAACAUGAAUUUAGAAGCGAAAGAAGUCGAUGGCAUUUACUCUAAGUGCAUGUUGGCUUUAUUACUUUACAUUCAUAACGUUGUAUUAUCUGUUUGGUGGGUUGCUGUUAUUUUUAGACCGUUUUUAAACUGGAUGUUGAGAUUUUCCGUCUAUUGUAAUAUUAAAUUUCCUCUCGUCGCGUACUUGACUAUGGGUAAAGAAGCUUGGACAGAUAAUAAUGAAACUCAUCAUCAUAAUACUGGAGAGUUUCAUCAUAAUGUGGCUGUGGUCAAAGCUAAUUAAAUUAAUACUCGUACUUCGUUUCGUUGUGAUAUCAUUUUUAAAAAAUGUUCGUAAUUGAGUCAAUUUUUUAAUUUUUUUUCAAAUUGAAGAAAAAAACGUUCGUUCAUUUUUCAUUACUUGUUGAUGUUUUUUCGUUUGGGUGAAAUGUGUACUUCCUGUAUUGAAAUUAAUUUUUUUUAUACUUACUAGUGUAUGACAGUAUUUUGAAAUAAUUUUUAAUUUAGUGAAUUUAUUUUUCUUUUUAUUUGUUGAUGUGUGUGUUAUGUUUAUAUUCUGUGUACCUAUGAAAUAAAAUGUACGUUUUUUAA